GAAGAGAAAGGAGACAGUAGCCUCAUACCCAGCUGUAUUUCCAAAUGAAACUGACAGACUCCUUUCAGAGACGUUUAUAGGAACUUCUAUCCAAAGAGGAUCAGUGGAUGGAUAUAAAGGUAGUGCCCUUGAGGAUGGACAUUUAAUGAGAGACCUGAACAAGGAUGUGGACAGUGAGUGGCCCCAAGCACACCUGGGGACUUCUAUUCCAGACUAUGGUGGUGACUGUCAUCCAUGUGGGGAGGUCUCUGAUCAAAUCGCCAACAUCAUUACACAUAAAAGCACACAUUUAGGAGAGAAUCACUCUAAAUAUGACGCAUGUGGGGAAAUACUUAACCAGUCCUCCAGUGCUGAUGAUCAGAAGAGAAUUCAUGUGUGGAAAAGCCCAUAUACAUGCAAUGAACCUGGGAACAUACUUAGUCAGUCAUCAAGACUACAUAUCAAUAAGACAAUCCAUGCCGGACAGAAAGAUUACCUUUCUAAGGAGUUUGGCAAAGGCUUCAACAGGCACUCGGCACUAAUUCAACAUCAGCGAGUGCACACUGGAGAGCAACCUUACAAACAUGAAGAAGGUGGUAAAACCUUUAAUGAUGCCUCUUCAGUAAAUGUACCUAGACUGAUCCCUACAGGAGAGAAACCUUACACACAUAAAAAAUGUGGGAUGGCCUUUCCCCAACACUCAACUCUUACCAAACAUCACAGAACCCGUACUGGAGAGAAGCCUUACCAAUGUAAAGAAUGUGGCAAGGCCUUUACUCAGCAGUCAGACCUUAACAAACAUCACAGAAUCCAUACUGGAGAGAAGCUUUACCAAUGCAAAGAAUGUGGCAAAUUCUUUACUUGCCACGGAAACCUUAUCCAUCAUCUCCGAAUCCAUACUGGAGAGAAACCUUACCAAUGUAAAGAAUGUGGCAAAUCCUUUACUCAACACUCAACCCUUAUGCAACAUCUCCGAAUCCAUACUGGAGAGAAACCUUACCAAUGUAAAGAAUGUGGCAAAUCCUUUACUCAACACUCAAACCUUACCAAACAUCACAAAAUCCAUACUGGAGAGAAGCCUUACCAAUGCAAAGAAUGUGGCAAAUCCUUUACUUCCCAUUCAAUCCUUACCAAACAUCACAGAAUCCAUACUGGAGAGAAACCUUACCAAUGCAAAGAAUGUGGCAAAUCCUUUACUCAAAACUCAAACCUUAUCCAACAUCUCCGAAUCCAUACUGGAGAGAAACCUUACCAAUGUAAAGAAUGUGGCAAGGCCUUUACUCAGCAGUCAGUCCUUAACGAACAUCACAAAAUCCAUACUGGAGAGAAGCCUUACCAAUGCAAAGAAUGUGGCAAAUCCUUUACUCAACACUCAACCCUUAUCCAACAUCUCCGAAUCCAUACUGGAGAGAAACCUUACCAAUGCAAUGAAUGUGGCAAAUCCUUUACUUCCCAUUCAAUCCUUACCAAACAUCACCAAAUCCAUACUAGAGAGAAACCCUACCAAUGUCCCGAAUGUGACAAGACUUUUACCAAGCACACACACUUUAUUGGACAUAAAAAAAUUCAUUCUGGAGAAAAAUGUUAGUAAUGUGAGUAACGUGCCAAGGCAUUUAUCCAACACUCACCUUAUUCAACAUCACAGAAUUCAUACUAGAUCGAAUCUCUACAAAUGUUAAAAUAUGGCUAGAUCUUUACGUGACCUUUAAACUUUAUUUGAUGUCACAGAAUUCAUACUAGAUGAAAACCUUCCCAAUGUAAAACAUGCAGUAAGGUCUUUAAUCACUUUUCAGCCUUUCCUCAGUAUCACAGAAUUCAUCCUGGAACAACGCUUCCAAAUUUGAAGAAUGCGAGAAAAGUUUUCUGGACUGUUCACCCCUUGCUUCACAUUAGAAACUUGAUACUGGAGAAUAACCACUGAAUACGACAGCACGUGGCAAGACUUCUAAGAGC